CACCAAAUAACACGUUUCGACACUAAGUAUAAAUAAGUAUUUUCUUGAAAAAUACCUCAGUUUGCGGCGAACCAUUAAAACAGAGUGACUAAAUUUGUCGUGCUUUGGAAGCACCUGUGACAAAAUGUUCGCACAUCUGUCGACAACUGUUUUUCUCGCCAUAAUUGUUUCGUUAUGGACAACCCUAUAUUUUUACUUCAGAAGAAAUUUCAACUACUGGAAAGAUAGGAAAGUACCGUACCUUCCACCCAUGCUCCUUUUUGGUAACGCCUUUGAGGUAUUCACAUUUCGCAGAAACAUUGGUGAAAUGGCUCGAAAAAUUUACGAAAGUACUACAAAACCAUUUAUUGGAUUUUUUAUUUGUGAUGAACCAUAUUUAUUAAUUCGAGAUCCUGAAUUAGUCAAAUCAGUGCUAGUUAAAGAUUUCGCACUUUUUAGUAAUCGAAGUGUAUCAGAUAACAAAGAAGUUGAUCCCAUGGGAUCUCAUCUGCUUUUUAUUUUAAAAACACCCGACUGGAGAGACAUGAGAAGAAAAAUCUCGCCUGUUUUUAGUUCUGCAAAACUGAAGGUGAUGUAUGACUUAAUUCAUGAAGCUGGAGUGGAAAUGAUAAACUAUCUCGACCAGAAAGUUGAACAGAAUCCAGUUGUGGAAAUUAGAGAUAUUACUGGUAAAUACACCACAGAGGCGAUUACUUCCACAUCUUUUGGAAUUAAUUCCAACUGUUUUAAAAACGAGGAUGCCGAGUUUAGGAAAGUGUCUCAAAGGGUACUGAAUUGGAGCAUUUGGGAGCGCGCAAUAUCCACAUCUUGCUACUUCGUUGCUCCUAACUUAGUGAAGUGGUUCAAACUUAAAUUUGUCGAUACGGCUUCUGCAGAUUUUUUGAGAAAUGCAUUUUGGAAAACUAUGAUUGAGCGAGAAAAAACCAAGUUUGUCAGAAACGAUUUGCUGGAUAUUUUGAUUGAAAUAAAAAACCAGGAAGACAUAGACGAUCCUUAUAAAUUAGAGGGUGACAAGUUGGUGGCCCAAGCAACUCAAUUUUUCCUGGCCGGAUUUGAAACUACAAGUUCAGCCAUUUGCUUUACACUUUAUGAAUUAGCAAGACAUCCAGAAAUUCAAGACAAAGUUAGAAAAGAAGUUCAAGCAACCCUCAAGAAACACGGAAAAAUAACUUACAAUGCGUUAAAAGAAAUGGAAUACUUAGAGAUGUGUGUUAAAGAAGCACUGCGAAAAUAUCCGGUACUAUCAUUCUUGGAUAGAAGAUGCAGUUCUGAUUAUCAAAUACCUGGUACGGACGUCGUUUUAAAAAAAGGAACAGCUGUUUUUAUAUCUGGUUGGGGAUUACAUUAUGACAGUAAUUAUUACCCAAAUCCCGAAGUAUAUGAUCCUAUGAGAUUUACCGAAGAAAACAUGAAGACUAGACCAGAGUAUACGUUUUUGGCUUUUGGAUCAGGACCUCGAAACUGCAUAGGUGCCAGAUUUGCCUACGCCAGUUUAAAAUCCAGUUUGGCAGCGAUAAUAUCCAGAUAUGAAAUCGAAUUUUGCGAAAAAACUAAAGAUCCUUUGAUUAUAGAUCCUAAGGGUUUUCUCUUAGCGCCUAUUUCAGAUCUUUACCUUAAAUUUAAAAAAUAUGAUAAAAUGUAAAAGUACUCUUAAUGGUAAACGUAAGUUUUAUGUGUAAUGGCUUUUAUCUACUUAAUAUUUUUUUACAAACUGUGUAUUUUUAAUAAUAGUAAAUUUAAAAAAUAACAUGAAUGUAGAAGUUAUUAAUUGUUAAAUAAAACAAAUGUUUUGAA